CUGACUUUUUGUGACGCCGUGUGACGAGGGGGGGCGGGUCAAAAAUCGCGUGACGUCAUUUAUAGACAGUCCAUUAAGCGUAGUUGCCAUUUAACAAAGUUGUGGUGCUCAUCUGUUGUGGAGUCGCCCACUUCUCGUGAGGACGGAACACAACGCAGAGCGUCAUCUCAUCGUCUAGCCGACCUGCCUCCCUCGUUACGAUUCACGGGAGGAGAGGGACAGGGCGGUGCUGGGUAGACACACGUGCAUGCUGUGUCAAUUCAUUUCGAUUGCCCUGCUGUAAUCAAAACCUCUCCACGCCCUGCGUGUUGUAUUGACAGCUCGGAAAGGGACUACCAACACACUCUUCAACUUAUCAACGUGCAUCAUGAUUUGUAGAUAAAUGUGAACACCAUCGUGAACAAAAAUAAACAUAUAAUGAGCACAUCACUGAGUUCCUUGUCGAUAUUCUGGGAAGGUUCGUACAUUUUGGAGACAGGGGGGGACAGGGAAUGAACAGGAAAAUCUGAAAUGCCAUAACUUACCAGCGCAACUAAAUUUCUCUGAAAAUUCUAAUUGAUGUCAUGAUUUAACUGAAUAUAUCUACAUUUAGGUAUUGUUACCUCUGUAUAUUUGAGUGAUUCCCCAAGCAACUGUUCUGGCCUCACAUCGAUGUGCCCAGGUGUUCAAGUUGAAACCGCUGUGUAUAUCGAGUUUGGCAAUAUUUUGACAGCCGGUUGCCCGUAUUAUGUUUAGUAUAUUGAAAAUACCAAGCUGACUUAACAUAAUAGAUACUUAGUUAAGUACAAUAUUAAACCGUGUUCAGGUGUUGAGGUUCAUUUCAUUACAGCCCAUAAACCAAUGAUUUAGGCUGUAAUGAAACCCUCCGAGUCUUCAUGAAGUGACCCAACAUCACGACUAGCUACACUUUCAGGAGAGAGCAGACAGUUAAGAGCCAGGCUCGUGAAGAUAGGUCACAGAUACGCGGAUUCCCACAGGUACAGCCCGGAAAGUCAUAAUUGACAUUACAGUAGUUAAUGGGUUCAUUAAUGAGCCCGUUGAGCAAUAACAUCCCCACUAAGCAGGCAUAUGGACUAAUUAGAAUGCAAGAUCUCAAAUUGAUACCCAGGGGCAAUAGUAAUGGAUGAUUGAUUCUCAGUGACAUCUCAUUUUAUUAUGUUAUGGAGGUUUGCAUAAUUGGUGCCAACAGUAAAACACUGCCUAUUAAUGCACUCUAUAUAUAAAGCCACCAUACAUAAUACAUUCUAAGUUAUGCAUGCAUUAAGACACUAUAUAUUGAAAAAAAAUAACGAAUUCGCUGACAUUAUAUACACCAUUUUAUAUUUGUGCCAUAUACAACACGAUGACUUUAAAAAAUAUUUUUUUUCAAAACUUUAGGUUGAAGCAUUUAAAAUGUAUAUAGUGAUUUAAAAAAAAUAACUGGAAACAUGACCCAAAUGCUUCUAAUGCAGUCACCUCCCAACCCGAAGUGUAUAUAUCACAUUACGAGCUAAUCCUCAGGGCAAUGGGUAAAUCCGCAGGGCGCUGCAGCACACACCAGGCAGCCGAGAACCUCCCAUCGCGCCUUAAGGCUCACGGUCACGUGGUCCCCAAAACGCAUAUAAAUCAGCAGAUUCCACGAGCAUCACUGAUCUGUUCUCAGUUCAAGCAACGAAAACAAGGUACUGCGUGAUAAGGUCUCAGGCUAUAGACGCAGGAGCACAAGGAACGCAAUUAUGGAGAACAGAAGCUCCGUGCUCCACCUCGCCACAUUUGAAGCCCCGUACCCUGUGGAGGUGCUCAUAUUCAGCCUGUGCCUUGCGAUGUAUCUAACUAUAACUGCAGCCAAUCUGAUGGUGCUCGUGACGGUGGCAGUAUCCACAGACUUACACAAGCCCAUGCACAUAUUUCUGUGCAAUCUCGCAAUUGGCGACAUCAUUAUCAGCACAGGUGGCUUGCCCAAGCAGCUGCAGGUCCUCCUGACGGGCAACAGAGAGAUCCUGUACGUGUCAUGUGUCGCACAGAUGUUCACAAUUCACAUAUCUGCCCUGAAUGAGAUUUUUACAUUGGCUAUUAUGUCUGUUGAUCGCUACGUGGCCAUCUGCUACCCAUUGCACUACCACACCAAGAUUACUGCAAAGAGAUCCAUUUUUACGGCAUUACUAUCCUGGCUGAUGGCAGCGGUUGCAGUCAGCAUUCUAGUCAUCCUUCAAUUUUCACUGCAAUUAAGCGAAAAAAACAGGCAAAUCCAGGGCAUAGUUUGUGAUAAUAUGGGAUUAUUAAAGUUGGCUGUCGGUGACACGAGCAAAAUGGAUGUUGUCUCAUCGUCAAUGGUUGCAACGUUUGUUGUAUUUCCUCUCUGUGUGGUUGCGUACACCUACGUUCGGAUUUUUAUUGAGUGCAAUAAUUCGAGCUCUGCGUUCAGGAGCAAAGCCCUGCACACAUUCGGCACGCAUUUCAUGGCACUCGCUGUGUUUUUCACGUCAGUUUUUUUAGACAUUCUUCUGCCGCGCUUUGUGAAGGAUGCCGACAGCGAGGGCGUCAACUUGAGAUGCGCCGCUCAGUUGGUGUUCUUGCUCAGCCCGAUUGCGAACGUGCUCAUUUACUGCCUACGCACCCUUGAGCUGAGGCUCGCAAUUAAUACGCAAUUCAACAAGAUAUUGAGAAAGGUGCAUUUCUGUCCAACAAUCAAAGUGAAUGUAUCAGAUCGUGGUUGAAUGAUGCUCUCCCAUACAGCUGCAGAAACAAUGAAUGAAUUUGUAAUUUCCAGGCUAGACUACUGCAAUUCUCUGUUAUUCGGUCAUCCUUUGUCUCUGAUCCUAUGUGUUCAGUAUGUUCAAAACACAGCUCCAAGAGUACUCACUCAUACUCGGAAGCGUCAUAAUUUUACACCCAUUUUACAAUCCCUGUGCAACUACCUAUCCAGUCCAGAAUCACCUUGAAGAUCGCACUCGCAGAUUUCAAAUUUCUUCCCGGGCUAGCCCCUGCCUAUCGUUCCCCUCCGAUUUUCAGUUUACUCCCCUCCCCGGGUUCUCUGUCUUCUCUAGGUCUGCUCUCUACCUCCCACUUCACAUCCCACAAAUCAACUCUAUAUGAUUAAAAUUUGAACCGAAGGUAAUUUUAUUCAUCAAGGCAUACGCGAGAAAAAAAGUAAAUCUCUUUUUGGACUGAUUGAUAUAAAUUCGUCGUUACAUUUUGACACUCCACCACCCCUCCUGUGAAGGUUUCCUGGCUUAGUUGGGAAGUUGGGAUUGUGUUAAGAAUCAAUGUCCUGCUCAAUUUUAUUGAAAAGAGAAGCGCAUGACCUAAUCGUACAGAAUGUUGUGCUGGAUGGUGCUUUGGUGGCUGACCACCAUGCGUAAACUCGUGUUUGUAGGCUGUUGUAAAAUCCAGGGUUGUGUUGCACUCCUAUGCUCCCAUCUCCAAAUCCACCAACACGCAACUGACCAGCCUGGUGAAGUAUGGUGAACCCAUUCAAUAUAGCGGUCUCUCGGCUAGCAGUCGAUUGACAAAUUGGCUGCACAUACACCGUAAGUCAUACAUAUAUUGCUCUCAGAGGGAAUUCUAAUCCCACCAACCCAGAUUGUCCCCACACACACCCAUACCUACUGUAUUUGCCCACCACUACCUGUUGAUUAAAGGUAAUAAAAGCUUAGAAUCAAAUGCGUGGGGCAGGUAGCAUAUCUUUAGUGAUGGCGGCCAUAGGCCAACUAGGAAAGCAUAAAUGUGGUGCAUUGCUUCAGUUUACUGUAGUUAAGUGAAAAAAUAUCUCUACACAAACACAGGAGUCAUUUGCGUACAUGAACAUCGCAUCGUGAGUUUGAUUAUACGUCCAAGUUGUGCUUCCAUCACUAAAAACAGAGUACUAUUCGUUCUUAAAAAUGCAAUUGCAUUAUAUAACAAAAUAGCAUAAUAAUGCAUUAACAAAGGGCACGAAUUAGCUUAGCGUGAACGAAAUGUGCCCUUUCCAAUUGUGUUCGUCUGCAAAUAAUAAACAAACGUUUAAAUGGCAAUCAGUGGGCGACGCGCGCAGCAGCUUGUAUUUCAAUUGAGGUGGCAUUUGGUUGCAGCAGGGUCAAUCAAGGUACCUGAACACAUCAUGGAUGUGUGCGCUACAGCGUCUGUCGUGUAAACACUCGUGCCCCACAGCAAGAAGGUCCUGAGUUGGAUUCCCAACUCAAGCGUGGAGUUUGUUCUCCCCCCUGUUCUGGACGGGGUUUAUUUUCUGAGCUCUCCAGUAUUCCAGCUCAACAAAAAAAACACUCCUGCAACUUGGUUUCGGCCAAACAUUCCGAUGAAAAAAAUUCACCCGCAAAUUACUCCAUUGGCAUGAACGUGAAACGACUCAAACGACAAACUUUUAUCACCACACAGUAACAAAUACUGGGUCCGGACUUCACGCUUAGUUUUGAAGCUCGUGUCUUCCUUCUAACGUCCCGUCCCCUUGUGCUAUGGCCCUUUAAUAUCUUUUGAGCAACCUUUCUCGAAUGUUCCCUCACUGCCCCCCCCCCCCCCCCGUAGCCAAUCCCCUGUCCUCCUACUCUAACGGAUCCCAACCGUCGCCUCUGGGUUCCACUCUGUUUCCCGCCUAUUCUCAUUCAACAAUUUCCUCCAGUCACUUCAAAUGCCCUGCCUCCCGACUAAUCACUGUGGAGGCCUUUUUCCGCUAAUCGGAGACCUUGAUCUAUUUUUGAAUAACCGUAAGGCUGUACAUUGGCUUGCGGGUGAGUGUUUUUUCAUUCAUUUCGGUCAUUACAAACGUAACAACAUCGUCCCUUACUGCGAUAGUUUUUGUCAGGAUUCUCCUAAGGAGUAUUGAGACUCGGUGAGGCCAUCCCUGGUAAACGAGCAGAUUAACAAUACAAAUGUUAAUGUGUUGGACCCAGAGGAAGCACCCAGACAUUGUCCUCAUUAAGCGUGGGGACAGCGACCAUGGCCAGACACAGUACGGGCAGAGACGGUAGCCCCUUGAGACCCUGGGACCGGCUGUCUGUGUCUCAUCCCAAUCCCCAAUCCUGGCGAGUCAAGUUUGGACAAGGGACAACUGAAGAGGCUCGUCCAGCACCACCGUCGGUAUAUAUUAUUCUUCCAAAACUCGUUACAAAAUAUCAAAAUUACUUGUUUUAUUCUCUAUGUAUUUGUUUAACCUCUCUCAUUGCAAUGCAAUGCACAUGUAGCCGGUGAGAGCUUCCCUGUAAUGAAUCGCACGUAUAAUUGUGUACUCUGCUACGUGUUGCUGUAAUUUCUACGGAGAGCGAGGUGUGGUUUUUUUCUCAUUAGUGUAGGCAAUGACGAUCAGAGAAAGGACCCCAAGCCGUAGCUGCAUAGCAGGCCACGUCCAGCAGUGUGUAGACUAUUCUGAGAACGGGGCACACAACCAGUUCAGAUUUGGGGUGAACUGCGUGCUGGUGAGAUUACAUGAGCUCUGAUAAAAUAACAAACGUAACUUAAAUUAAUAUAACUUCAAUGUUAAUCGACAGACAGGAACUCGCCUAUGUUAAUUGACUGUUUAUUGAAUCAUUGGUGGUGAUAAAGAUAUUCACAAGACUUCGAUAUUAAAAUGCAUUUAAAUGUUUAAAAUGCUCAAUUGGGGCUGGAAUAUGAUUAACACUGGUGCUUAAUCCCAUCCACAGAGGGACUGAGCUGAGGUGUUGUGUGACGUGGGGGGGGGGGGGUGAUCGGGGUGUAUCUGGUCAUGAUUGAAAGUUGUGAUCUGUAAACGUAUUUAGAGUUACAACAUACAUGUUAACCCCUUAUCAGUGCCCUAUCUUAUCACAGACCAAUUCAGAUUUUAUUGGUCACCCCGUGCCCUUAUACAUCUCAACAUUCAUUCUACAGUCCAAACACAAACAAAUAGACAAAAAACAUUCCUACACCACAUCACGCACACGCUACCAGCUGGAUCUGAGAUGGGAAGUUUAUUGUUUUUCACACACACACGGUUAUUCUGUCAUUGUGAUUCUGAUGCGUACCUGUUAACCCCUUAACAGUGCCUAGUUUAUUACAGACCGGAUUGGUCACCCCGUGCUUUUAUACAUCUACAAAGUCCCAUCACAAAGGAGAAACACAAACCAAUAGACAAAUAAACGUAGUUUUUUUCCCCGCAUUGAAACGGCUGUACACCGUAUGGAUCUGAAAACUAUAUUUCUCUGUACAAGAAUACGGGUAAACCGUAUAAGUUGUCUGCUAUGUUACAGUGUAUUGUUUGCCUUCUAUAUUUUUUGUGCGGGAAAUUUAAUACGAUAGCGUCGCCCUCGUGGUGACAGCUAUUUAUAUUCACGGGUGUCAAUAACUCACUUAUUUUGGUAAAUCCAAAUCGAAUCAAUAGACGUAACGGAGUUGAAAGAUUAUUAUAGUGUUUUAAUGAUGGUCAUGAUUGCAAGUUGUGAGCUGUACACUUCCUGAGAGUUACAGUGGUAUUGUUUGACGGUUUUUUUGCGCGGGGUAUAACUUGUUUAUUUUUACCAAUCCAACUCGAUUCUAUAGACGUCACGGAGCUGACAGAUGAUUGGAGCAAUAAAGUAUUAAAGCUUUCGUGACUGCAUAAAAUUUCUCAUUGUUU